UCAAAACUGGAAUCUCUCUUCAUGAGUCGUGAAGCCGCCCUUAAAGCUAUUUGAUCUCUCCGUUACGAGCGUGCUAUUUCAUUUUACCUUGUACCAGCAGCAUGUGAUAUAUUAAAAGCCCCAAAGCCACGUAGAUGAGAUUUUUUCACCACUACCUUUUCCGAUCUCAAGCUUUUAGAUUCAUCAUAGAAUCCACGAGACUUUCAUCCCAAUCGAGCAGAGGAUGAGAUGGCGGUAUGGAUUUGUGACUGGUGUACCUUUAGGAACAACGACAACGACUCCCGCUCUUGUACCCUCUGCGGCGCACCCUAUGCUAAUUCUUCAGUGACGACAAUGAUGAUGAUGCAGAAUCCAGGGGUGGCUCCGAAUCCAAUUGUGGUGCCUUUCUCUUCUUCUUCAACUUCUGCCCCUGCGAGGGCUGACGAUGGGGUGAGACAGCAGAGAGACAGUUCUCGUUUUUAUCUCCCAGGCUUGAUUGCUGGUGCACUUUCUGGAGCUCUUACUGGAAUUUUUGCUAUAGCUGGAGCAUUCACAGGAGCAGUCACUGGUGCAUUGGCCGGCCGUGCUUCUGAUAGUGGUGUUCUCCGGGGAGCUGGAUUAGGGGCUGUUGCUGGUGCUGUUCUCUCUGUUGAAGUUUUGGAGGCUUCCCGUGCUUAUUGGUACUCUGAGAGAUCUGGUUCUCGGAAUUCAUCAUCAAUGGCGGAUUUUAUAGAAGAGCUCCUUAAUGGAAGGUUUGUUCAAGAGCAGUUUGGUCCUGCAAUGUUUACAUCAUAUCACUGGCAGUUUAACUUUGCGGAUAUAAGUCAUGAAGAUAUCUAUGAUAUAUUUGGAGAAGUUGCAUCGAAAGGUCUCUCUGGGGAGUCACUGAAAAAGCUCCCUUGGCAUGUAAUCACAGAGGAGAACAACAAGGAUGACGCUGGAGAAAGUAUCAGUUGCACAAUCUGUUUGCAGGAAGUUCAACAAGGAGAGAGAGUAAGGAGCUUGCCUUCAUGCCACCACACAUUUCAUAUGUCAUGUGUAGACAAAUGGCUUAUCAGACAUGGGUCGUGCCCGGUAUGUAGACAGGAUGUGUAGUGGUGCCCUUUUGUGCUGUACAGAAAGAAGAAGAUGAGAGAUAUAUAGAGAGGAAAAGAGAGAAUAGGUACAUGCGUUCGCUUCCACAGACGCACGGCGCAUUUGCAUGUCUCCAUAUCUAUGUAAAUUUUGCACCACUCGCACUCUUUCCCUUCACGCUCUGUUUUUUUUAUUUGUUGUACCCUUUUUGGACGAGUCUCUUUCCCCUCACUCUUGUUAGUGGACAUCCCUCGAGAAGGUUAUCUGUUGUAUAUAUCUGAAUAAAGAUGUUAACUUUUGAUGUA